AUGAUUGACGAUACAAGAAUAUUGCAAGCGGACGGCAACGCUCCGGCAGCCAUUCCGCAGCCAUCGCUUUCUGGGAUAGUGCAACAGAUCCUUACGCACCCCGUGACACGCGACCAUGCCGUUCGUUGGGCUGACAACUUGCGCUUUCUGACUUUUGAUGACAGCGAUGAUGAAAGUUCUACAGAGAGUCAGAACAACAUUGUGGUUGGGCGGGAAGAGGAGGCUCAUGCUCGCGGCCAGUGCGAACCAUGCUCCAGACGAGUCCCAGUGCCCUCUGGACAUGUCUGCGAAAAGCACAUAUUCAAUAUUGGCCAUACAGGAGACAAGUCUUGGACGGAAUCUCGUGAUGACAGGCUUCAUCAAUUCCGAGAUCCAUGUGUACACGUCCUCGAGCGUAGCUGCGAAGCAUGUCAACACAUUCCCCUGUUCCCCAAUGAGAGGAAAGCGACCCGGUUUAGAAUUCGCCGGCUCUCCGCGAAGGAUAAACAUACUGAUUGCGACCACUUUGUAGCCGUGUCCUAUUGCUGGUCCAAUGAGGAUAGUGACGCCAAAAUGGCUCCCUACAAGAUAGUCGAAGAAAAUGGGCAAGUCCGUGAUGCCAGAGCCUCCAACACGACUUUAGACCGAGUCGUGGCAUUCGCCCGAGAGAAUGGGUACCGUAUGAUCUGGAUAGACCAGGAAUGCAUUGAGCAAGACAAUGAGCAGGAGAAAGAGCUUGCGAUACAGGCGAUGGACUAUGUCUAUAUCAGGGCGCACACGUCAAUCGGGCUGUUUCGUGCCCAGCUGCAGCAGAAACAUCUCGAUCCUUUGCUCUUGACCUAUGAAGCAGAGUUUUCUCAGCGUCUCACGCAGCGGAGAGGCCGCAGACCGUUUAGUGGAUGUCGGAAACUCGACCUUGAACACCUGGCUGAAGCUGUGUCUUUGAUCGUCAACGAUCCAUGGAAUUCAAGAGCUUGGGUCUUGCAAGAAGCAUUUGCGUCGAGCGGCAAUAUGGUUUUACUUUUCCCCAGGAGCAGCGACUGCGAUACACGUGGCUGGCUUUUGCCAUGCCAUGAGCUGUCACAAAGCGAGCUGGCUAUCCGGCUGGACAGUAUCCAGGAUUGUCUUCAAAUCUGUGCACGAUUUGUGCUUCCUUUUCUCUCUCAGGCUUUAUCAAGCAAAGCUGUCCAAGGGAAGAAUUCUCGCAGAAGGACUGGAAAAAAGUCUUCCACUUCGAAGAUCUUGGGUAGUGAAGAAGACAUCAGGAUGACGCUGAAGAGGUUUAGACUCUUCCAUCCUGAGGAACCAAAGCAAACGCUCGCGAUUUGGGUGAAUAAUGGAAAGCCUAGGCGCACGUGUAACGCUGCCAUGGCGCUGACCUAUCUCCAGCUACGCGACUUGAUGCGUGUUGCCGACAAGUUAGCUAUAGUCGCCAACAUAUGUGGUUACGACUUUCGUCUUGAUACGACUGAACUAGAAAAGAGUCAGAGUAGUCUGGCAAUUUGUGUCCUGGCCCUUGCUAUUGGCAAUGGCGACUUUUCGUUGUUGGUUCCUCAGGUCUACCGUGAGCCGGAGACCACAUGCCUUGGAAAAACCAGCGAAGAUGGGUCAGAGUUCUCCUGGGCCAGGGGCGUGGCACAAAGCCUCCAGGACCUACAAAUGACGGACUGGAAUCCAUUUGGUUCCAGUUCUGCACGAGUCACUUCAACCCCAGUCAAGCUUUCGCAAAAUGGUCUCUCCACACCAGGCUGCCUUUGGAAAGUUGACGAGUUUGUAGACCUUGGUAUCAUACAGGCGAAGUACGCCGACUCUUGGCUGAAAAUCCGCAAUGCCAAGGGACCCUCAUGCCCCUCCUCCCGAACCAUUCGCAUGGCGACCACGCACCUCCUCUUUGAAAUCAUUGAAUUUUUAAGCAAGACGGAUAAGAAGAGGCUUGCAAACUCAAUCCUCAAUUCAACAUCCUCCUGGAUGUGGUCCAACCGGCGAACACGUACAGCGACCGACAUGAUUGAAUCGGUUGACCAGUUUCCAUCUGGUCUACGUAUAGAAAAUAGAAAAGGCAUGUUUGCCCUUGAUUACGAUUCAGCUGGGUGGCCAUAUCAGUGCUGGUUGAUUGACCGAGUCAUGAAAGACGGUGGCAUCUGGGCAGGACGUCUUGUGGCACAUCCCUUUGAGAAAGGUCUUGAAAUCCCAAGCACGACUGCGUCACAAUAUGCUGAGCUGCAGCAUGAUGGAGUCGACGCAUCAUCCACCAAUGGAGAUGAUCCAAACCAGGAUGACAUUGUGCCUCGAAGCGGAAUGUCGCUUCCGUCUGAAGAUAAGGACUUGGACAGUCUUUCCGCUGAAGCCAUUCAGGGGGGUUCAACGAUGCAAAAUCGCGGCCACGCAUGGAGAAUGCUAGUGUCGACGAUGUUUGUAAUGAUAAAUGAUCAUCAAAUGAACAAAGAAGACGAUGAUAAAAAGGUGAUGAGGCCAAAUGGGCCCGGUAAGGUUAUUUCAAGUCAAAGCAUGGCUAUGUUUGGUCUUGCGCUAUCCCAUGCUGCUAAUGAUUCGAAUGAUAAGCUCGAACGAAUGGCCACUUUCGACGUUGCAGGAGAUCCCGAGGGAAAUACACUCGUACUGACGCCUUUUCAGAUGAUGUUGGAGUCGAUUCCGCGUCCGGGCAUGCGUGCAAUGAGUGUUUCGUGGAGCGUUGAGCCUACCGAGAGCGCAAUCAUUGCAGACAAUGAAGUCACUUCAGGAGGACCGCGGCCUUUCAAGGUCAAAGACAGAGUCCGGGGGAUGUGGGAAUUUGCUGAUCCAAGUCACAUCUCUGGCCGAUACAUCGUGAUCUAG